AUGUUUUAUUCGGCUGAUCUGCUUUCACUUCGACGAAGGGGCAAACUCGCGCGAUGCUGGUUAGCCGCAACUGUCAGUGAGGCAAUAUUUAAAAAGACUUGUAGGUCGGCAUCGAUUACGAAGAUUGACGUGGCUAUUCUUUGCGGUGAGAUUUUGUCGACGGUCCAAAUACGGGAUAGCGAUAACUAUUGCAGAUUUAGUCUAUACCUUUCUUCGCAAUUAAUGUACGGCGCGACGAAAAUACGCUUUUAUCAGACCAAACUACUUCAAGAUGAGGUAUUCUCAUUAAACAUAAAAUUGAUUCAAAUGAACAGACAUGGAAACCAAUUUAAUCUACCAGUGGCUUUUAAGGAACCAGAUGAUCUUCCUGUACAUAGGAUGUUACAUGACCUAGCAUCGCCAUUAAAAUUACAUCUCAUCACAGAAGAACCUUAUACUUCCCUUAUGGAACAUUUGAUGCAAGAUGAAAAGAGUUUCGGAAUGUUGACUGAUUUUGAGAUGGACAAAUUCUUAUUACCUGAAGCAGAAGAACAACAGAAGUUCCUGAACGAAAUACGAAGAUUUGAUUGGAACGAGUCAAUAUUAUUACCUUUAGGCAAUUGUAAUACAUUUGAAUUUGAUUUACCUAACGCCGAAGAAGAAAUACGAAUGCUUUCUGCUAGGAAAGAUCAGGGAGAGUUGGAAAUCAAUGAAGAAACCCAAUUUAAACAACCUGCCCCUGCAACUCCCAAAAAAAGAAGUACAAAAUCUCGUAGUGAAACUCCAACGAAAAAACGAAAGUUAAGUUCUGCGGAAGUACCUAUUUUGGAACCUUCAGAAGUACUUGCCCUGAAACCUUCAGAAAUAUCUACAUUAGUACCUCCAGAAGUACCUGCUCCUGCACCAUCAGAAGUACUUCCUCUACCAUUUCCAGAAGAAUAUGUAUUGCAGAUUAGAGAGGCAAUUGCACAAAUGGCUGCAGUUGAACAUGCAUCAGAAUUUGAAAUUCAACUUCCUGCUAUUGAAAAUUCCGAAUUAAUACGCGCAAUACGGCCAAAAAGAAGAAGAAAACUUUUUGACACAGAAACUAGUCUACCCAAUACUGUAAUGCGAAGCUUGAUUGCAAAUGUUGCUGCCCAUACUACGCAACAUCAUUUGCAUGCUGCUAAUACUUUACCAUCAGCAAAUGAAUAUUUGACUCAGCCUGCAUUAAAACUGUUGAACAGACCAUGGGCAGAAUCUUUGACUAAAUCUUUCAAACGACAUCUUAAUAAACCUUCUGCUGUCUUGAAUGAAUUUCUGGAUUUUGAUAUUGAUCCAAAAUCUGGAGAAACUAUACGCCCGGACACAUCGAAUAAAUCACACGUUCAAGUAGAAGAAUUAUUUAGUAAAAUUGGAAUAACUACAACUGAGACAUCUGAUCAUUCUAAGACGUUAAAAGAAUUACAUUCGAUUAUUGAGUGUUAUCCUACAGUGCCUGAAGAACAACAGAGAAAAGAAAUUGAAGAACCUUCGGUUCCGCUUCUAGAAGUUACCGAUAUUGAAGAGAAAUUUAGAGAGACUACUCCACAAUUAAGUAGGAGAAAAACAAAAGAUAAAUCAAUGUUGUCCGAUACUCUUAGUUUUAAUAAUAGUGUGACAAAAAGAGAGUUCUUAGCAUUGUUGGAAAUCCUUUGGCAUGAUACAAGCGUAGUCAAAUUUCAUGAUGUAAUUCCACCUAGUAAUUACAAUAAAACUGAUGCCGCGUGCACAUUUUACUACUGCUUAGAAUACUAUGCAGAGAAAGUUAUAAUUUUAACCCAGACUGAAUCUUUUGGCCCAAUUUUUAUAAGAAGACACCCUUCAGAAAGUAGCGAUGAUAGUAAUGCACAUACAACAUAACGAAUUCGUAAUAGUUAAGUGUGCGUAUGCAUGUGCAUACAUGUGCAUGCAUGCGUAUAUCGAUAAUUAAGAUAUACUGUCU